UAGUUUACCUUGAAGAAACCCAAAAUAAAAUGGAAGUCUACAUAUGUUGAAAAAGAUGCAUGGUCAUGGGGGCUAUGACUCUGAUUUUAGCGAUGAUGAACACUGUGGAGAAUCUAGCAAAAGGAGAAAAAGGACAGUUGAAGAUGAUUUACUGCUCAAAAAGCCAUUUCAGAAAGAAAAACAUGGAAAGGUGGCCCAUAAACAAGUUGCAGCAGAAUUGCUGGAUAGGGAAGAAGCAAGAAAUAGAAGGUUUCAUCUCAUAGCUAUGGAUGCUGUAUCCUUUUUAUAUUUCUAG